AUGAGAAGUGCUUUUCUUGUUUUUUUCACGGUUUUGUCUUUAUGGAAAUUUGACUUGGUAAAUGCUGAUGAUACAAAUGAGAACAAAGCCAAUGCACACAUCGUUGUUUUGAAAGAAAAUGGAAAAUAUCGCUCAGAAUCCAUAACACACCAAGAUGGUACAUCCAAAGUACGAGCGGUGUUUCAAAAUCGCGACAAAGUUGCCCCUGAAGACAAUCUAGAACCUUUCGUCCAAUCCAGCUUAGACAUGAAAAAUCUGGUUAAACAGAUUCAUGGUGUUGAGGACAAGUAUAGCAUACCAGAUCAUUUGAAAGAGAAGCUGACUAAAGUACAGAAGAAGACUUAUAGAAGACGCCGACAAACCAAUGGUGUCGAGAAGCAUUUCGUCGAGCUUCUAAUGGUGAUAGAUUUUGAGCUCUACAAUUUUUGGAGACAGCGAAACAAUGAUUCCAUCAGCACCAAGCGUGAGAUUAUGGACUACUUCGCCAAUAUCGUCAAGGCUAUGAACAGUAGGUUUACUACUCUACAACAGUAUAAUGUUGAUGUCGAGGUUUUGUUGUCUAAGAUAAUCAUAGCCGAGUCAAGAGUUACUUCAAAAUGGACGGAAGAUGCUCUUAAAGAUGGACUAGUAGAUUCAGAUGCAGCGUUGACCAACAUCAUUACUUUUGUGGUUAACCGGAAGGAACUUCACGCGUUUGACCAUGUUAUGCUAGUAACACGAUAUGACAUCGCCCAAGGCGGAAAGUCAUCGAAUGCAGGUCUAGCAGAAAUGGGGAGCACCUGUUCUCUGCGAUCAGCAUCUAUUGCAGAAUUUACAAGUGGGGAAAUGUUCGCUACCAUUGCUACUCAUGAGUUAGCACACAGUCUUGGCUCGUACCACGAUGGGGAGAAUGGUAACAACUGUCCCUCAUCCAACUUCAACAUCAUGUCCUCUAGUGUUGGUAUACCAGAUCGAGCUAGAGCUUCCCAUCCCUGGAUCUUCUCACCCUGUUCUGCCACCGGCAUCAACAAAUACCUGGCUAAUUUGACUGGAGACUGUACCCAGACUCUGGACACUCAGCCUAUAGAUAUCACACCAUUCACUAAGCAACCUUUUGGCAGAAAAUAUCCAGUGGAUGUACAGUGUGAGAUAGCUUUGGGGAAAGGAUCCAAGUUCUGCAGGACCUUUUACACUCCCCAAAAUGGACUAACGUAUGAUGAUAUGUGCCAUAUGCUUAUGUGCUCCAAUCCAUCGAAUUCUACAAGCUGUGUACCGAUUCUUGCACAUGAUGGUACAAUUUGUGGCAAUACAAAGGAAUGCAAGUCUGGUGUCUGUACGAAGUCGCCCUCAGCUCCAGCUACUCCAGUUGAUUGUCCCGCCGGGGAUGAUCCAGAUGCAGUAUGUUCAUUCAGCUCUUGUCAGACACCAACCAUCCGAGAUAAAAUAUGUUGCGGUACAUGCAGACCGAUCGUAGCCAAUGCCGUGGAGAUUCAGGCUAUAUCAGGGGAAACGACAAUAAUUUCCAACACAAACAGAUUUUUUGUCACUGGAUCUCUAGCGUCUGGCGCCACUAACACCAAUAGAUUCACUUUUUCAUUUGGGGGAUCAUCACAACCGUCAGGGGCCACAGGCUCUUUACAGGUGUCCAGUGGAACAGGGUCACCACCAUCCGGUGUAACAGGAACAUCGCCUGCGUCAGGGGCCACAGGAACUACGCCGGCAUCAGGAGCCACAGGAACAUCGCCUGCGUCAGGUGCUACGGGAACAUCACCUCCGUCAGGGGCAACUGGAUCAUCACCUGCGUCAGGGGCAACUGGAUCAUCACCUGCGUCAGGGGCAACUGGAUCAUCACCUGCAUCAGGGGCAACUGAAUCAUCACCUGCGUCAGGGGCAACUGGAUCAUCACCUGCGUCAGGGGCAACUGGAUCAUCACCUGCGUCAGGGGCAACUGGAUCAUCACCUGCGUCAGGUGCAACUGGAACAUCGCCUGCGUCAGGGGCAACUGGAUCAUCACCUGCGUCAGGGGCAACUGGAUCAUCACCUGCGUCAGGUGCUACGGGAACAUCACCUCCGUCAGGGGCAACUGGAUCAUCACCUGCGUCAGGGGCAACUGGAUCAUCACCUGCGUCAGGGGCAACUGGAUCAUCACCUGCGUCAGGGGCAACUGGAUCAUCACCUGCAUCAGGGGCAACUGAAUCAUCACCUGUGUCAGGGGCAACUGGAACAUCACCUGCGUCAGGGGCAACUGGAUCAUCACCUGCGUCAGGGGCAACUGAAUCAUCACCUGCGUCAGGGGCAACUGGAUCAUCACCUGCGUCAGGGGCAACUGGAUCAUCACCUGCGUCAGGGGCAACUGGAUCAUCACCUGCGUCAGGUGCAACUGGAACAUCGCCUGCGUCAGGGGCAACUGGAUCAUCACCUGCGUCAGGGGCAACUGGAUCAUCACCUGCGUCAGGGGCAACUGGAUCAUCACCUGCGUCAGGUGCUACGGGAACAUCACCUCCGUCAGGGGCAACUGGAUCAUCACCUGCGUCAGGGGCAACUGGAUCAUCACCUGCGUCAGGGGCAACUGGAUCAUCACCUGCGUCAGGGGCAACUGGAUCAUCACCUGCAUCAGGGGCAACUGAAUCAUCACCUGUGUCAGGGGCAACUGGAACAUCGCCUGCGUCAGGGGCAACUGGAUCAUCACCUGCGUCAGGGGCAACUGAAUCAUCACCUGCGUCAGGGGCAACUGGAUCAUCACCUGCGUCAGGGGCAACUGGAUCAUCACCUGCGUCAGGGGCAACUGGAUCAUCACCUACGUCAGGGGCAACUGGAUCAUCACCUGCGUCAGGGGCAACUGGAUCAUCACCCGCGUCAGGGGCAACUGGAUCAUCACCUGCGUCAGGGGCAACUGGAUCAUCACCUGCGUCCGGNGCAACUGCAUCAUCACCUGCGUCAGGNGCAACUGGAACAUCACCUGCGUCAGGUGCUACAGGAACAUCACCUGCAUCAGGUCCGACAGGUACUCUCCCAACUAGACCAUCAGGAGAAACUGAUACUCCCCAAACUAGACCUUCUGGACCCACAGAAACUCCUCAAACAAGACCUUCAGGACCCACAGGAACUCCCCCAACUAGACCAUCAGGACCCACAGGAACUCCUCUAACUAGGCAAUCAGGACAGACUGGUACUCUUCUGACUAGGCCAUCACGACAGACGGGUUCUCCCCCAACUGGUGCAUCAGGACAGACAAGCACUCCUCUAACUAGGCAAUCAGGACAGACUGGUACUCUUCCGACUAGGCCAUCACGACAGACGGGUUCUCCUGAAACUAGACCAUCAGGCUCCACAGGAACGCCUCCGACUAGACCAUCAGAACUGACAGGAAAUCCUCAAACUAGACCAUCAGGGGUGACAGGAACUACGAUGCUAAUUACAAGAGCUACUGGUGAAACUGUCACCAAUGGUUUCUCGGGACUGACUGGAACCCAACAAACUGGGCCAUCGGCAAUACCAAUCACCAACGACUUUGUGGAAGGAAUACAAGCUAACAGGGCCUCAGUUCCUGCAGCAAAACAACUUCCUCUACCAGAUGGAAUUCAGACUUUGAAAAUAAAUACUGAAGCUAAAGCCUUGAAAGGUGGAUCAACUCUUUUUGCUUUAAAUAAUGACGAAAUUGGCAGAAGGAAUAAUGACAAAAUUGGUACAAAUAAUGCAGUAAUUGGUACAAAUAAUGCAGAAAUUGGUAAAAAUAAUGAAGAAAUUGUUAAAAAUAAUGCAGAAAUUGGUAAGAAGAAUAAAAAAAUUGGUAAAAGGCAUGCAACUGCUAUCAAAGAGAGAGUCAAUACACUAGGGAAAGUGGUUCUGAAAACCCCAGGUGAUCAUGCCGUGUUUGGUUUUCAAAAGAUACCAGCAAAGAGAAAGCGUGAGGGAGUGUGCUCCAAGAUCCGUAAUUUCCUUCAAGGACGGUUCUCUUCUGUUAUCAACAAGUUCUGUGCUUAG